GGCCCUGAGUGAGAUAAAUACAGAUUUUUGUUAUUGAUGACCAGUGUUUUUACAGUUAUACUCCCAGUAUACUUGUUUGAAAAUACGUUGAAUUAAUGUAUUGGAAGAGUAAUUAGGGAUUUUUUGGAAAAUAAUCUCAGUGUUUGAAUAGCGAUGGACAGAGUGAACAAGUUUUUAUAGUGACAUAUUUGUGUGGGAAUUUUAUGACAUUUUAGUGUGGGAAGUUUCACACAUACUAUAUGAUAUUUAAGCAAGUGCAUUUCCAAUACUUGCCAUAUCUGAGAAAGCAUUUCGUAGGACUGUUUGUUAUUAAACAUACAACCAGUAGGAUAAAAAUAAACAUUUAAUAUUCUGGGAUAAUAAAAGAUGGCAGCUAUUCUGAAAACUGCUUCGAAAUCUGACUCUCCAGAUAAAGACUUUAUGAAGUUACAGUCAAAUCCAAUGUUCAGUGCACUGAGGGCAACAUUAAUUACAGAUGUGGAGCAGACGACAAAUAUUCCUGUGACCUUGAUCAAGGUUAAAGAUGAGAAAUUGGAGCAGGAGUCGAGUCUCGAUCCUGCUGUUGUUGCUGUACAGGAAGCAAACCUUCAGUCGGAUUUUCAGCAAAUUUUACCGUCGGGAAAUCAGAAAGUUUCCGAAUUACAGAUGUUUUACAAUGAGCAGUGUUCGGUCAUAGAAAACAGUCGUAACGAAGCUAUCCAGCAGUUGAAGGAGAACAAUAUGUUAAGUGUUUCGCAGUAUAAACGAGAGAUGGGAAUUAUUCAUACUCAUCAUGAUGAACAGAGGAUGCAUUUAACCAAUCGUGUGACAGCAAGUUUACAACUGUUGAAAAUAAGUAUGCCGUCGUCUGCUGAAGUUUCUAGUUCGAAAUCCAAAAGUCGUCAAUUAAAUAGUUACGCUGUUGAAGUUAUGACAGAAUGGUACGACAGGCAUAUUGAUAAUCCUUACCCAACGGAUGAAGAGAAAUUAGCAUUAGCCGAUAUGGGCGGACUUUCAUUAUCACAAGUGAAGGCGUGGUUUGCGAACAAAAGAAAUAGAACAAAUAAUACAAAACCAAAGAAACAAAAGAUACAGGUUGAGAAGAAGUUGUUGAACAUUUGUACCGAACUUUCCAACGGACAGCCUGGAAGUACGCCAAGAUUUUAUGGACAGAUUAUUGCACAGUUGUCUGAUAUUGUGAACUGUUCGCAGGUGUUUAGCAAUCCAAGUAGAAUCAUAGCUGAUGCUUAUAAUUCAAGCGGUGAUGAACUGGAAACCAUGUAUAAUGAGUAAUUUCUUUAAAAUGGAUAAUAUAGAAUUUUAUGAAUUUCAAUACCAAAGAAUAUGUGAACUGUGAAAAAAUAUAUUAGAAUUUUCAAGACAGAAAGAAUUUUAUUGGUGGAUAAUAAUGGAAAGAUAUAAAAGAUUUAUACUUGAUUUUUUCACCAUUUUCUUUUAAAUCUUCAAAAUGUAGCAUUUUAUCUUUUAGACUAAGAGCAGUUUACAUGGAAAAAAAUGUAAAUAUUUUAUGCAUAGUUAUAUAAACAAAGUCUAGUGCUAUUGUUUUUGAUAAAAUGUUUUAUGUUUUUUUAUUGUUGUACAUGUAUAUAUAGUUCAAAUAUUGUGUUCAAUUGACCAUAUUUAAAAACCACUGUGUAUAAUAAUGCAAGCCUGUGUUAUUUAAUACUGUAUCAAAAUUGUACAUUAUAUUAUAUGAAUUACAUGUAUAUAAGAAA